CACAGAAAAAAUGACCAGGUCCGAAAAGCAUCUAGAAAUUAAGAAAUUAGGCCUAGAUCAUAUGCAGGGCUCAAUGCUGCGACUGUCUGCUUGCUCUUCACAAUGAAGCUGAAGUGUUCAAUAUAGAGGCGAAUUGUCCAGAAAAUGGCAAAUGAAUACUGCCGGAGUAUGUUGCGGGUCAGUCUUGCCCAAAUUUGUCAAAAUCUGGGAUGGAAUGCUGCUCAAGCCACACCUCUGGAGCUUCUUACCGAUGUUUUGGAGCGCUAUCUUCUGGAAGUUGCCAAAGUCACUCAUCGUUACUCUGAGCAAUUUGGAAGGACGGACCCUAACUUGGAUGAUCUAGGGUUAGCUUUUGGACACCUAGGUAUACAGCUGGGAGAAUUGGAAGACUAUGUUCACCAUGUUGACCCUUUGCCAUUUGCUCAUGAGGUUGUGUCCUUUCCGGUUCCAAAAAGAAACAACUUCCAGUUCCCAAGAUCAGACAGCAGAGAAGUGCUGCAGAGAGAUGAACACAUUCCAGAUCAUCUCCCAGCAAUGUUUCCUGAAGAGAUUGAGCCUCCUCAGUCUCCUCCACACACAAAGCCAGAGAGCGGUAUGUUGGCACCCCCUCCCACCACACCCAUGGCUGCGUCACCCUCCGACAUUCAGGUGGAUGGUGCUGCAGUUAGCCCAGGAUUGUCUGACAAGCGUCUUCUGACAAGCCCACCAUCUGGGGGACCACCUUCCAAAAGGAUCAGACUGACCACGCUACCAGAGGAGGCAGCCCAUUCCCAGUAUGAGAUGAAAAGCAUGGCGAUGAAUGUUGCUGGGGAGGUGAUGCCAACAGGUGGCUAUAUUGGCAAACUACCUGAUGCCAAAACACCACCUCAGGGCUUCCCAAAGCGGUUUCCAAAGGACAAUACUCGAGGUUCUUCAUCAAAAUCAGCACCUUUGGUAUCUGUGGCCAGAGACAUUCUUAGUGAGCUAAAUAGCAAAAAGGAUACAAAUGAAGGCUCACAGAAGAAAGACAAGGAUAAGAAUUAUUCAAAUUCAUUAUCAAAAAAGAGUGGAAUAAAGAAAAGAUCUAAUAAUAGCUCAGAAAAGAAAGAUGUAUCCAAGACAAAGAGUAAAGUUAAAAAGAGCUUACUAACUCCAAAACCAAGGUCAAGGUCAAGGUCAAAGUCCCCGGCCAGGGCUAAAAGUCCAAAGGGAGCGGGAAAUAAGAAAGGGCAGAAUAAGAUUCCUAGUGAUAGUGGUGCUGGACUUUUCUCAGAAACAAUUAUGUUAGAGAGACAGAAAGGUCCCGUAUCAGACAAAGGUAGGUCUAGUUCUCCAAUUAUCAAGAAUAAAGAUGAAUCCCACAACAUUGCAGUUACUUCUCAUAAGAACAGGGAUUCACCUAGAUCUACUCCGCUGGAUUUGAGUUGUAAAAAGGUUUCCAAACCCAGUGACUUGGAGGAAAAGAAACGUAGACUGGAUGCUAUAGAAAGUUCUAUUGAUAGUGUGCUAAGAAAAUCUGCAUUAAGCCUAACAGAGAAUGAGCUAGACAUCUCAGAUAGCACAUUUGUUCCAUUAGAAAUGGAAGAAGAAAAUAUAGAAGGAUCUAAGGCAGUUGAGAAGGCAAAAGUAGAAGGCUCUAAGCCAGUGGAAAAGAUAAAAGAGGUUAGUACUAGUUCCUCUAUAGACGAUACCAUCAAUGCUGUGAUAGGGGCCGUAGAUAGGACAGAUACACCGGCAACUCCUGUGUCUGUGAAGGAGGAGGCUGUGGAUCAGAGUACUAUCACACCAACGCCAGCUCUCCAAACAUCACCAAUUGUCACAACACCAGUAUUAACAUCUCAAACAUCUCCACGCAAAAAAGGGAGACCUCCUAAAAAAGGUAAAUCUAAAGGCAACAAGAAGCCUUCUACACCUCCUGUUGCUCCUCCUGUCACAGCAGAACCUCCACCUGUUGUGGAGCCCAGGUCUCCAAAAGAUGAAAAGUUUGCCGUGUUUGACUUUCCGGAGAGUCCACCAAUGCGAUCCACUCCUAAACCUGUUAUUGCCCCAUCUGUUCCUCCCCCACCUGUGAUUGCUCCCCGAAGUCCCAGUCCUCCUCCACCUGUGGAACAGCCUGCUCCGGUUGUAGUGGAAGAACCACUAGCUCCUGUGAUGGAGGAAUCACUCGUCAAAGUUAAGGUGGAAGAGACUGCUCAAGUAACACCUACACCAGAGAAAAGCCACAACAAAGAAAAGGAGAAGCACAAGUCUAAGGAGCAUAAAAAGGAAAAGAAGGAAAAGAAAAAGGACAAGGAAAAGAAGAAGAAAAACAAAGAUAAGGACCGGGACAAAGAAAGAAGUAAACAUAAAGACAAGAGUACCAAGUCACCUGGUACUUUCCCUGCUGGUUUGACAAAACUGAAAAUUCGACUGGGUAGUUCUCCUUUCUCCUCGACAGUGACGUACAGUUCCGAAGCCAAGGAUCGAUCUCCAUCAGGCUCACCAGCACAGAGGCCAGAGAUCCCCAAACUGGUCAUCAAACCUAUGCCACCACUCCCUGCGAGUCAGGACAGAGGAUCUGACUCUCCCAAGACAUCAACAAGCAACAGUAAAUCCAGUAAAAAGGACAAUAAAUCUAAAAAGGAUGCUGGGCAUAUUGUAGUGAAGAAAGAAGCGGUGUCAGAAAAACUGCCGUCUACCCCACCCGCUGUGACUAGAACACCAUCCCCAGCUCCAGUAGCCAAAACACCCUCACCUGUAAAGAAAACCCCUUCACCUGUUCCCAUAAAGCGUGAACCCUCCCCUGUGCCUCCGCCCAAACCUGUGACCCCAGUUCCUCCGCCCAAACCUGUGACCCCUGUGCCUCCGCCCAAGUCUGUAAUCACUGUGCCAAAAUUUAUCGGGUCAGAGUCUCCAGACCGAAGUUCACGUGAUGGGCCACCCGUUCUCAAAAUGGAAAUGAUGGAGGAACCACCAGUCUUGACACCGCAACCUUCUCCCCACCACAAGACUCCUACACCACCACCCCCCAGGAAUCCAACUCCACCCAAACCCAAACCUGCUCCUUCUCCCAUUCCUAGCCCUAAACAUUCCCCAUCACCAAUGCCUGUUUACUCCCCAUCACCACCUCGAGUCAACUCUCCACCACCUUCAGCCUUUACCUCAAAAUCAAUGUCAUCAUCUCCUGUGAAGACACCGUCACCUUCUCGCACACGUACACCCUCUCCAAUUCCUUCACUUCCUCCCUCACCCAUUCAUCAGCCAUCGCCAUCUCCCACACCUACAAAGCCCCCAACACCUUCCCCUACCCCGACACCUGCUCACUCUCCUUCUCCGGGCCCCCUAAUUAUCAAAGAAGCACCGGCCAUUCCACCUAUGCCACCCCCUUCUAUUGGGACUGCAUCACAAGCUUCAGCAACUGCCAAGACAGCCCUCCAAAGGACCGUCACAUCUGAGACUAUCGGAAGUUUCAUCGAUGCAUCGUCAGGCGAAAAGAUUUGGAUUUGUCCAGCUUGUAAGCGACAGGAUGAUGGUAGCCCAAUGGUUGGUUGUGACAUCUGUGAUGACUGGUAUCAUUGGGAAUGCAUAGGAAUUAACAAGGAGCCAGAGGAAGACAGCUGGUAUUGUAACAAGUGCUUGGCACCUACAAGGAAACCUUCCAAGCGUGGGCGGGGCGGUGGGCGUGGUAGGGGCAGAGGAAGGGGAAGGAAGAAAUCUUUGAAAGAAUGAUGUUAUAAAACUCAAGGAACAGUCAUUAAAUGAUUCCUUUGUUUGUUCCCCAAUAUUAUACUUAAAUGGCAGCGAUGGUUUAUAAAGAAUGUUUCAUGUUGUUACAUUACUUCUAAAUGUAUGAAAUACUUGAUAUAAGGGACAGUUUGUUUAGUACAAGUACCACUUGGUGGACAAUGAUUAAGCUCCCACAUGAUAUUUUAUCCAAAAGGAUAGACUGACCUUACUGCCAAUCAGUUAUGAAAGCCUACAGUUGCACAAGAUUCUUCGAUGUGAAUAGAUAUGCGCCAAACAAACACAUUUCUAAGUAGACUUUUACCUGCUACCAACUGGGCCUAGUUGUUCAAAAGGUGAUUAGCUUAAUCACUUAAUUAGUGAAAAUCUCAUUUCUCCUUUACUUCAAAUAAUAUGUGCGUAUAUUCUUCAAAAUCAGGUGUAUAGUUUCAGAAAAUUUUGUGAAUAAGUUUGAUCAGAAAUUAUUCUAUCAGGAUUUUAAUAUUGUUGUUAAACUGUGAUUAGCCUAAUUACCUUUUGAACAACUUGGCCCAGGUGAUUAAGUUUAUCCUCCAAACAAAUAUGACUGCAUUCGUCACAUUUUAAGCAUCUUGUUAAUUGUUGAGUUUGAGGACAAGUAUGGUCAUAUAGAUUUUUUUAAAGUAUUUUUUCUGUCCUAUCAUGGAAAAAUUAGAACAGAGACUUAAUGUGUUCAUUUGUAUUUAUUCAAUUAUGACUUGUUACAGUUUUAUAGUUUAGAUAUUUUCUCAUUUUAUUUAAUAUGAAGUUCGACUUUUUGGUAAAAAGUACAGCGAACUUGAUGGAUGAAAAUGUAUACAUUGUAAUAAAAUUGUAUACUGUAUAUUGAA